AUGUCAAGUAAAGUUCCACAAUAUUUUAUUAGAAUUCUUAAUCUAAUAUUUCUGGCACGAAGGAAAAAUUUCCAAUUAGCAUUAAUUUCAGGGUUAUUAUUCUUUGGUUCAUUUGCCAUACUAUCAACCACAUCAUAUAGUAAGAAAUUCAAUUAUUUUGAUGAUUUAAUUUUGAAAAUAUAUGAUUAUAAUUAUCUAACUAAUAAUUAUAACAUUGAUUAUUUAGCUAAAAAUGAUCCAGAAGCUUAUUUCAAUGUUAAAGUACAACAAAUUGUUGAUGAAAAAAGACAACAUGAUUUAGAAAAUAAAUUUUGGUCACUUGAUACUAAAAUUAAUGAUGAUCAAGCAAUUUUACAAAUUCCAAAAUAUUUCACUUAUAAUAACCCUCGAAAUAAUAAUAAGAAUGGAGAAGAAAAUGUGCAAGAAUCAUUAAAACCAAUGGAAAAACCGUUGAUUCAACCAUUUGAUCCACGAUUCACAUUAGCAAUGUAUUAUUAUUAUCUUGAUCAACAAAUGACAUCUGCACGUAGUGAUUCUUCUGAAGGAUCAAUUACUAUACCUUUUAAUUGGUAUGAUUGGGUUGAUAUGUCAGUAUUAAAUAAAUAUUUAUUAGCUUCUAAUAAAGAUAAACCUGAUUGUUCAAUAUUAGAUGCUCAUGAAGAUGCUAAGAAAAUUGAAACUGAAAAGAAGAAAAUGGAAAAAUUAGCUAAACAAUGGGAUGAAAAUAAACGUAAAGCUGAAGAAGAAAAGAAAAAAGCUGAAGAUGAUAAAAAGAAGGAAGAAGAAGAAAAGAAGAAAGGUGAAGAAGAAGAAAAACAACGUCAUGAACAAGAGAAACAAGAAAUAGAAGAAGAAAAGAAAAAAUUGGAAGAAGAAAAGCAAAGAAUUGAUGAGGAAAAGAAUAAACUGGAGCAACAGCAACAACAAGAGAAACAACAACAUUCUAAAUUUGUUAAACGAGAUGAUGAAAUUGAAAUGCUGACUAGUUUAGAUUCAGAUGGUGGUGAUAGAGAAAAAAUCGAUAUGACUACAUUUUUUAAUGAAGCAUUUGAAAAACUUUCUGAUGAAGAUAAAGCUAGUGUUGCUAAAGAUGUUGAAAAUGCUUUGAAAAAAAUCACUAAACCUUCCGAUUGGUGUAUUCCUAAUGGUAAACUUUCUAUGGAUCAUAAUGAUAAACAAAUUGUUCAUCCUGGAUUCAAUGUUUUCAAAAGUCCAGGAAGAACCACUCCACAAAAAGCUAUUAUUGCUGGUAAAUCAUUUCUUUAUUCCUUUGCUCCACCACCAUCACUGAUUUUAUUUUUAACUUCAGAAGGAUCAUAUUCAGUUAAUGUGAAACAUAGUGCACCACUUUUAAGAAAUGGCAUACCUGAAUCUUAUCUUUUUAAUAACAAUUUUGAUGUGUCAUUAAAUGUUUUACAACAAUUACAUAAAUUGAAAAAGAAUCAUAAACCUGAUACAGCAAAAGUCAUUAAUGAUUAUUUAUUACAUAUCCCUAAAGAAAGUUUUAAAUAUGAUCCUGAUUCAAUUAUAUUUGAUUAUACUAAACGAUUAGAUAAAGGAGAAAAAUUGACUAUUAAAGAAUUAAAAUAUUUACAAAGUUUAGAAUAUUCAAAAGAUAAAGUUGAACAUGGAGGACCACCAAAAUAUUUUGCUGAAUCAAGAUUAAUUGGUACAAAUAUAGGUGAUCAUUAUGAUUGGAGAUUUUUCAAUGGAAUUCUGUUUGGAACUGUGGAACAAUCAUUAACUUUACAUCGAUUAGUUCGUACUUGGUUAUCAUUCACGAGAAAAAAUGGUAUUACGACAUGGAUUGCUCAUGGAUCAUUAUUAUCAUGGUAUUGGAAUGGUAUGGCAUUCCCCUGGGAUAAUGAUAUUGAUGUACAAGUACCAAUUAUGGAUUUACAUAAAUUAUCUUUACAAUUUAAUCAAACAUUAAUUGUUGAAGAUCCAGAAGAUGGAUUUGGACGUUAUUUCUUAGAUAUUGGAUCAUUUAUUACAUUAAGAGAAAAGGGCAAUGGUAAUAAUAAUAUUGAUGCCAGAUUUAUUGAUAUUGAUACUGGAUUAUAUAUUGAUAUAACCGCUUUAGCAUUAUCCAAUAGUGAAACUCCUAAAAGUGAUUUAGCUGAAUUACCGAAAAAUUUUGAAAUUAAAGAUAAUAAUUAUAAAUCUGCUAAUGAAUUAUUACAAAUUUAUAAUUGUCGUAAUAAUCAUUUUAGUUCAUAUGAUGAAUUAUCUCCAUUAAUGAAAUCUUCUGUUGAAGGAGAAAUUGGUUAUAUACCUUCAAGAUAUACUAGUAUAUUAACUCGUGAAUAUCGAAGUGGAUUAUCAUCAAAUUCUCAUGGUGGGUAUAUUUUCAUUGCUAAACUUCGAUUAUGGAUUAAAGAAGAUGAUUUAUAUUAUUUUAUUAAACAUCGUGAUCAAUGGACUAAGUAUCAUAGUUUUAAUACUAAAUUAUCACAAGAUCCAAGUAACACUUUAUUACAAGAUUAUUCUUAUUUAAUGAGUGAAGAAGAAUAUGAAAAUUCUCAAUAUUCUUUUAAUAAUGAAAAUGAUAAUCCAUUUAAAAAAACUAAAAAACCAUUUGAAUUAAAAAAUCUGGAACUUGAAAAAUUAAAACAUAUGAAUGAAUCAGAAUUAUUACAAUUUUUAAAUAAUGAUGAUAUUUUAAUACAAUUUUUUAAUGCAAAAGAUUUUACUAGUUUCCAUGAACAAGAAAUUAUGCAAUUAACAUUUGGUAAAUCAACGGCAAAAUUAAUGUCACUGGCAAUUGAUUUCCCUCCAAUAAAAUAUGAACCUUAUUUAUAUAAAUUGAAUCAUGAUCUUGAUAAUUUUGAAAAUAAAGUCGAUCGUUAUUUAGCUUUACAAAAUUCAUAUCAACAACAACAACAACAACAACAAGAAGAAGUAGCUACUGGUGAUAAUAGUUUUAUGGAAAUUGAAGAAGAUUUAGAUUUUGCAUUUUGA